GAGAGACGCUUUCGACGCCAACUUGGAAAAUCUGAGAGAAAUCCACUUUUCUUCUCGCGAAAAGGAAAAUAUUGACAGUUGAAAUGCUAGCAGUUUCCUUCAUAGGCAAGAAAUUCUGCUGCGAUGCUCAAGUCGAGGUUGCGAAUCAAGUCGAAAACAGUGGAUUGCAGCUUAACCUGAAAGUUCGUGAGACAUGUCGACAGUUUAUCAAGACACCCGAGCCGGUUCUCGCUACACUUCAUGUAAACCUUAACAAUGGGCGAAGGGAGGACGUCAACAAGUGCAAAGAACUACUUUCUUUUCUAAAAGAGCAAGUCCUGCCAAAGACUGUAAAACUGAUAAGUUUAAAGAGAAUUAAAAAAAUCAAAGAUAAAGACAAGAGCAAUGGUGGAAAUUUUUUAGGCUGCAUAUGGCCAGGAAAGUCAAAGAAAAGGAAAGAAGAGAACAAGAAAAGAUGCACGCGAGAUACAGAGAGUUAUCCUCAAACAUCUGUCGUCGGCUCUAGCAUCAAACUCGAUAGUACCAGUCUGCACGAGAACCACACGGCGGGCAUUUUGGCCACACCCUCAGUCACAUGUGCAAAUCUGACACGAAUAGAAAAAGUUGAAUCUAACGACGACAUCCUUGAAGAAGACAAGAACCCUUCAAUAGCAAAACUGAAGAACAUUUCUGAUGAAAAUGUAUCAUUGAAUUAUCUUGAUGAAGGAAAAUUAGGAAAGACCGAAAAGGCGGUGGUUGAGACUUCCUACGACAACCUCACCACUUCCUUUGCAACAAAAGAAAGGAAUAAAAUUGUGAAGCGCAAUACCACGAGCUGCUUUGGAAUCAAGCGAUCACGGAAACUGGGCACUGGUAAAUGGCACUUGAGCGAGAGAGGUCUGCAACGCGUGCAAAAUUUGAAACAAGACGCUCGAUCCAAAAACACUGCAAGUCCUACAAUGAUUGUAGAGCAUAACCUGAGUGAGCAGACGAAACGUGAUCUGGAACAAUUUGCAGCUCAAUACGUUGGCAAAAUUUGUGAAUUAGCACUUACAAGGAAAACGAAGGAAAGCUGCCGGGAAUUUGCAAAGGUUUAUGUCGAGAACGUGCUUACCCUGGCUAAGAACAGAAUUUCUGAAUUAGAAAAUUUGAAGCGUCAUGAACAAAACGUACGCUGUGAAGAAAAGUGUAGUUUAGAGGUUGAAGACCACCCCAGCUUCAGUAAGGUAUGGAAAUAUUCUCAAGCUCUCGCUGAAGGCCAUGAUUUCUCUGAGGCACGGACAACAGUGAAGGACAUAGCAGUGAAUGGCGCAGAACUUGGCACAUCUUCGGAACAUUUACGCAGUAAUGACGGAGACAUUAUAAACGAUUGUCAAACUGGAGAUUUUGAGCGUGAAAUUAUAAACUUAGCGUCGUCAAGCGAUGACAGCCUCUCAGAGAAUUCCCCAAGUUCCUCUAGUGAGUCGGUAGAGUUUCAUACACAGUGCACACGAGAAAGAGGCGAACCAAUUCCACCAUGCGAAAUCGAGAACGAGGCAAAAGUUCACUAUGCAUUUGAAAAUAUGGAGAGCGGUAAAUUAGCUGACGAGAAUUACGGGUUCCCUCCACAAGCAGGUAAAGAAGAUGGCAAUUAUUCUCUUGAAGCACUAGGAAUUUCUUCUACGCCCACAAAGGAAGGGGAAGAACUGCUACCUGGAAAAACAGGACAAGGAAAAUUAGCCACCAGGAUGCAAAGGACUGGUAACCAACCUGAACCCAGCUUCGGUCGAAGAAGACCCUUUUAUAAAAGGACUGUAUCGGAGUCUCAAGCCUCUGAGAGGAAACAGUGGAACUAUACACAGCCUGGUGACGACGAUAUGCAGGUGACAAGUAAUUUGAAUCCAUCUGGCUGGCCAGGUAACACCCCACCAAAGUUUGUUCGAUCACCUUCGUGUCCAGAUGUAACCGAGGAUGAUGUAUUUAUUGAAAGCAUUCUGAGCCAUCAUGGAGACGUUUACGACUCACUCGCCCAAAGGACCUGGACAAUACUUCACGUCCAUGAGUUGUGGAAUGGCGGAAAACCCAUGGAUGCCAUGAAAGCUUGUAUCGAGUUGACAGGAAUGGUGGACUUUGAGAAGAGUCUGGGCGCCGCACCAAAGCCGAGCACUCCCUAUACGCUCAUGUCACGUGAUUAUGCAUUGUUUCUAAAUAUUCUGCAACAGUUACCGAGCAGCUGCGCCAUGUGGACUCUUGAUCUCUGUGAGCUCGUCCUUCCAAAGCUAAAGGGAUUUAUUUCCACUCAACAUCAUUCAAGCCACGUGGAAAUGGCAUGUAGUGUUGUCCAUGUUGUAUUGAAGAAAGUCGCGGUGGUGGUUCGACGGACAUCAAAGGGAACUAGAGACAAAGAAAAGGAACAAAAGAUCAAAGUCUGCACAAGCGAGUUGAAAGACAUCAAAGAUAUGACCAGUGACGUCAUACACGCAGUGAAAGCCGGGAAGAAAAACAAUACGGAAGAUCCUGUAUCUAUGAAACUGGUGCUGAAAGAACUUCAGUUAGCUUUAGGAACAUUUUUAAGCAGUGCAAGCGCAAGUUGAGCUUUUGUUGACACUAGGUAUCAACAUAAGAAUAUUUUU